AUGUCUCGAAAACAAAGUGCAAAGGACAUUUUAAAAUCCAUUAACCAAGAUUCAUCCAAUUCGGCUACUCAAUCAUCAUCUUCUUCGACCCAUAGAACACGUAUGACUGUUAAUUGCUAUUGCCAAAAAUGGGAUCCCUAUCAUUUCCCCGACAUUGAUUUCCCCGACAAUCACUUCCCCGCCAAAUCAUCUCCCCGACACACUCAUUUCCCCGACAUUUAUUUCUUCGACAAAUCAUUUCCCCGACACAAUCCUUUCCCCGACACAAUCAUUUCCCCGACAAAUCAUUUCCCCGACACAAUCAUUUCCCCGACAAAUCAUUUCCCCGACAAAUCAUUUCCCCGACAAAUCAUUUCCCCGAUAAAUCAUUUCCCCGACACAAUCAUUAAAGAUUUCGUUAAAAAUUUUUUUUAA